AUGCAAGAAAAUGAAGCGGUAGGCGUGGCUUGGUGCGGUGGGCGUGGUUUGUGCAGGGAGGACGGGAACGUCAUAGGCGCGCGCCGCUUCCCUGCUGCUUUUGAGUUGGGAGAGGAAAAACAAGGGGGAAAGAGUCGCCUCCAGCCGGGCCACGUGGUUUUCUACCUGCAGAAGGUGUGUGUGCUCAGGGAGGGAGAAGGUGGGGGGGGAUCCUGUUUCUCCCCCCUUCAAUGGUAUGGGAAGGGGGGCUUUUGCUAAAUACAGAACACUGGAGAUGUUCUAUAUUUAGGAGUCACCUUUUGUGAUUUAAAACUGUUAUCAAUAUUGUGUAAUCCGCCCUGGGACCUUAGGGUGAAGGGCGGGUUAUUGCAAUUAUGAAAAGUCCCAAGUUCAAUAUUUGGCUUUAAAAAAAAACGGAUCAGGUCGGACGUGGCUGGGACAGACUUUCUCGAUCUGAGACUCUUAAGGCAACCGCUGCCAGUCAGAGCAGGCGUGAGGAAGCUGCGGUGCUCCAGGUGUUGCUGGACUCCAGCUCCCAUCAGCCUCAGCCAGCAUGGUCAGUGGCCGAGGGGAAAAGGAAUUGUGGCCCAGUAAGAUCUGGAGGGUUGUCAGUUCCUCAUUGCUUCUGAUGAACUAUUUGUAUCAGGCCAGUUCCUGCUAGAGGUUGUGUGUAGGGCUGCCUCCCUUUUUUCUUUUUUACUGAGCUGAUUCUGAGCUUGUUGACAAACACAUCUAGCAGGUGCCACUUCCCCACUCAGCAUGCUUGAGCUCUGUGGAGGACAGGUGGGAUAUAAAUGUAAUAAACAACAAACAAACAGCUCUCAGUACUCCUGUGCUCAAUGGGACUUACUCCCAAAUAAGUCUACAGUGGUACCUCAGGUUACAUAUGCUUCAGGUUACGUACGCUUCAGGUUACAGACUCCACUAACCCAGAAAUAUUACCUCGGGUUCAGAACUUUGCUUCAGGAUGAGAACAGAAAUCAUGCUCCAGUGGCGUGGCAGCAGCAGGAGGCCCCAUUAGCUAAAGUGGUGCUUCAGGUUAAGAACAGUUUCAGGUUAAGAACAGACCUCCAGAACGAAUUUUCUUAACCCAAGGUACCACUGUGUUUAGAAUUGUGGCCUUCAGAUGACACCUGGAGUUGCAUCAUUGAUCAUGGCGUGUUUAUAUCUCUCUCUUUAGCCCUGCUGUGUUGUACAGAUGAAACGAAAAUCCAAAUUGCACCAACGAGAAAGGAGAGAUGAUCUGGGCUUUGCCUCUCUGCCAAUCUGCAGAUACCGGAAGAAAUUAGUUGAGGCUGUUCGAGAUAACUCAUUUAUUGUAGUGACGGGCGAAACAGGCAGUGGUAAAACCACCCAGCUUCCAAAAUACUUAUUUGAAGAAGGUAACCAUAUAUUUUUCUAUAUGGUAAAAGCAGUGUCUAUAUUUUCCUUUAUUGCAUUUUGGAAUAUGAAUCCCAUUAGCCCCAGGCAUCAUGGCUCCGCCUCCUGGAACCAACGGGAGUUAUAGAGCAAAAUAUAUGGAUUACACAUGUCUCUCUGUCCAGAGGGGUCUGUGUCCUUUAUCCUGACAAUUCCACAUAAAUAAUGAAUUGCUGCUUUUUCUUUUUUUAAGGGUUGUUAGUCCAGUCAGUCUCUUUCCUCUUCCUGUGCAACUUCACAAGUCCUUCUGCUCCCUUUUGUAGGUUUUGCCAAGCACGGGGCGAUUGGCGUGACACAACCACGGCGAGUGGCUGCCACGUCCGUGGCUCAGAGGGUGGCGGAGGAGAUGGACUGCCCUUUAGGGAGCAUCGUGGGGUAUCAGGUUCGCUUUGAUGAAUGUGUCUCGGAGGUACGAGUCGGAAUCAGUCUUAUCAAACUUUAUCUCGUAUCCCCUGCCACCUCUGAGUCAAAGGGGGAGGGGAGCUCAAGGCAGAGGGAUCAGGAAGCUGUUGUGAAGCUGUUGCAGCAUCUGCCCUCUCCUUCAGAUUCUGAGCUCGAAGUGCGUCCCUCUGCACCCUGUCUUGUCCUUGGCGGGCUCCCUGUGUCUGGCUCUUCUUCAACCCUUCUGUGUCUUCCACCCCCCAGUUUUCUCCCUCUUCUGAUCUUUCUUCUGUGUCCCACCACCAAUCUUUUGGGUCCAAGCCUUCUUCCUCUGCGGCUUCGCUAGGGGAUCCCUAUGCUUCGGCAUCCAGCCAGCCCUGACAACCGUGUACAUUUGUUGCUCCACCCACUUUUGCCUCUGGCCCCGCCCUCCACUGGCAUGCGGUGCCCCAGAAGGGAUGCGGCUCUCGGGUUGAGAAAGGUUCUCCACAUGUGCGCUAACCAAAUGCCUGAUCUUGAAACCACACAGGAUACUUCCAUCCGAUACAUGACGGACGGCUGCUUCUUACGGCAGAUACUGGCAGAUCCACACCUCACCAAAUACAGCAUCGUCAUUCUUGACGAAGCUCACGAGCGGAGUCUGAGCACGGUGGGUAACUAAGCCAGAAUGGGCUUAUAAAGAGAUGCUCGCUUGGUUGCCUAGAAAUCGCCUGCAGGAGACUAGGCAGGGGAAGCAAGUGUACAGUUUGGGACACUGUGUACAGCUCUGGAUGCCUCACCUCCAAAAAAGGACAUUGUAGAGUUGGGAAAGGGCCUGAAAAUGGUACCCAAAAUGAUCCAAGGGAGGGAGCAACUCCCCUAGGGAGAAAGGUGAAAGCAUUUGGGGCUUUUUAGAUUGGGGAAAAGGCAAUCAUGAUAGGCGUUUGUAAAAUUAUGCAUGGAGAGUGUGGCUAGAGAAAAGUUUUUCUCCCUAACAGUAGUAGUGGUAAUAAUAAUACUAAUACUACUAAUAAUAUUUUAUUAUUUAUAUCCCACCCAUCUGGCUGGGCUUCCCCAGCCACUCUGGGCUGCUUCCAACAAAAUAUUAAAAUACAGUAAUGCAUCAAAGAUUAAAAGCUUCCCUAAAGAGGGCUGCCUUCAGAUUUCUUCUAAAAGUCUGGUAGUUGUUGUUCUCUUUGACAUCUGGUGGGAGGGUGUUCUACAGGGCAGGCGCCACCACCGAGUAGGCCCUCUGCCUGGUUCCCUGUAGAACUCGUGGAGAUCCAAUGCAGAUGAAAGAUUCAGGAUAGAAGAAAAUAAAUUGCUUCUUCACGUAGUGCCCAGUUAAACUAUGGAACUUGCUUACCCAGGAGACGGUGAUGUCCACCAACUUGGAUGGUUUUAAAUGACGACUGGACAAAUUCACGGAGGCAAAAGCUAUCAGUGGCUACUAACCACAAUAGCUAUGUUCUGCCUCUACGGCUGGAGGCAGCAGUGCUUCCAAAUGCCACUUACUGGAGCCCACAGGAGGGGAGAGAAUGCUGUUGUGCUCUAAUCCCUGUGGGCAGCUGGUUGGCCACUGCGAGAACAGGAUGCUGGACUAGAUGGGCCAUUGGCCUGAUGCAGCAGGCUAUGGGUUUUUGUUGUGUGUCUGGGUGGAAGGCUUGUAAGAGGGAAGACCCUGGGAAUUUAAUGAUGACUAGAUGCUUGGCUCCCCUCCCGCUUCCAGGAUAUCCUGUUUGGCCUGCUGAAGCAAAUGUUUCAAGGGAAGAAGCCGCCGGAGAGAAAAAGGCCCUUGAAAGUGGUGGUGAUGUCGGCCACUCUGGACACGGACAAGUUCUCCGAAUUCUUCAAUCACUGCCCUGUGGUGGACAUUCCUGGAAGGAACUAUCCGGUGGAGGAGAAGUUCUGUGGUCUCGUGGGCCCGAGGGAUGCUGACGGCUCUGCGUAUGUUACAGAGGUACUUGCUGGUGGGAAGGGCUGUGGCUCAGCGCUAAGCAACGCCGGCCUCGCUUGCGGAAGGUCCCAAGUUCAACCCCAGCAUCUCCAGGUAGGGUCUGGGAACUGUCUGAAAGCCUGGAGGGCCGCUGGCAGGCAGUGUAGACAACCCUGAGCAAAAUGGAGCAGUUUUCUGAACUGGUACGGCUGUUUCCUGUGUUCUGUUCUGGUGAGGAAAGCACCUUUCCAAUGCCUUAACAACCUCUGGCUGCUCCCACCUUGCCUGUUAAUCUUUUCUGGAAGUGGAUUGAAAUCACAUCUAAUCAUCAUUUUCUUCAUUAUGGGCCUCUGGAUUUCCAUCCAAGGUGGCGUAGAGAAAGGUCGUUCUUGGCUGAGCUCCGCAGGCUCUUUUAAUGGUUUAACUGGGGUUUGUUUGUUUUUCUUUCUGUGUGAUAGUGGUGGUGUUGGUUCAGCAGCUAUCUAAUUUAUCAGGGGGCAAGGCCCAUUUUAGUGUUGUUUUAUUCUCUGGGGACCCAAGAAUUGUAAAUCAGUUUCAAAGGGAGCUCAACAGCCGUUCUCAGUGUUUGCCUAUACAGGUUUUAAUCUUUAUUCUAAGGAUUUUUAAAACCUUUUUUUUUAACCUUUUAAACUUUUCAGUGUUUUACCACUGCAUUAUGGUCCUCCACGGGGUCACCAAGGAAAAUGGCUAGACCUACAAAGGCUUAUCGCCAUCUCCUGCACUGACUUGGUAUAUCUAAAACACUAUGAUACCACUUUAAAGAGUCAUGGCUUCUCCUAAAGAAUUCUGGGAGCUGUAGUUUGCUAAGGGUGCUGGGAGUGUUAGGAGGCUCUUUAUGCCCCUCACAGAGCUACAAUUCCCAGAGUCCUCUGUGAAGAGGGAUUGGUUGUAAACCACUCUGGGAACUUAAUAAAUAAUGAUAAUAAAUAAAAUUGCAGCACUAUGCGGGGAAUAGGGGUUUCCUAACAACUUUCAGCACCCUUAGCAAAUUACAGCUCCCAAAAUUAUUUGGGGAAAGCUAUGACUCUUGGGACGUGGGUGACGCUGUGGGUUAAACCACAGAGCCUAGGACUUGCCGAUCAGAAGGUCGGUGGUUUGAAUCCCUGCGACGGGGUGAGCUCCUGUUGCUCGGUCCCUGCUCCUGCCAACCUAGCAGUUCGAAAGCAAGUCAAAGUGCAUGUAGAUAAAAAGGUACUGCUGUGGCAGGAAGGUAAACGGCGUUUCCGUGCGCUGCUCUGGUUCACCAGAAGCAGCUUAGUCCUGCUGGCCACAUGACCUGAAAGCUGUACGCCGGCUCCCUCGGCCAAUAUAGCGAGAUGAGCGCCACAACCCCAGAGUCGUCCACGACUGGACCUGAUGGUCAGGGGUCCCUUUACCUUUUUAUAGAGCUGUAGAUGUGUGAAUGUGGCCUUGGUGAAUGCAGGAUGCAUCCCAGGACUUCUGAAGUGUCAAUUAAUGCAUUAUUUCUCCUUCUCUUCUAAGUUAUGAUGGGCUGUGGCUGAAAAAUAGAAUUUGGGGGUGGGGCUAUGCAGAUCAAGGGGUGGAGCUUAUAUGGCUAGGAACAGGUUCUGAAUUCUCAGCAGUUCCUGUUGGGUUUGUGGGCUCCCCCAGGCUGCUGGAGAACACUUCUGAGCCUGUGAAGGAAGCGUGGGUUGCCCACAGCCCGAAGCCUCAGGUGGCAAAGUGUAGCUUUCCCCACAUUGGUUUUUACAGCAGAGGAAGGCCGUGAGUACAUGUGUGUGUGAAGGGAAACGGCUUCCAACGCUUUGCAUGAAAAGGGGGAUCUAUUUUCAGCCAGUCCUAAUCUUAUUAAUGUUGCUUGUUUCAGACUGUAAAAGUCACCUUGGAUAUCCACUUGAGCGGCUCAGCCGGAGACAUCCUGGUUUUUCUAACAGGUGAGCAUUUCCCAUGCAGAAUAACCACUUUUGAUGGUGAAAUUACGAUAUUAACAAAAGCGCACCUGGGUGCUAGCAGGCUCUCGUCAGACGAUGAGUGCAUUGGGUUCUCUCAUGGAAGCAGAUUUUCCUCCAUUAGUCAAUCAAUUUCAAUGGGUCUCCUUUUGAGAUUGAUUGGUGUGGAAUACAGUCCAUUAUUUAUUAGCAUGCACAGCUUAAUGCAAAAAAAGACUAAAAAUAAGCAGCCUGCAACAUGCAAAAAAACCCCAAACAAACCCCAUUACACAGGCAUUCAGAUAUAAACAUCCAUAUUUAAAAUACACAACAAAAUUUUCCUGUUAAAAACAGCACAGCAAUUAAAACAGGUGACUCCAGGUUAGGGGAUCAAGGGGAGUGUCUGCUUAAACAAGUGCAUCUUCAGAAGCCGGUGGGGUGUCAAUGCAUAUGGAGCCCCUUGCGUUUCAGCAGUGAGUGUAUAUAAUAGUAAUAAUAAUGAUGAUAAUAAUAAUAAUAACAACAAUAAUAAUAAUUAAUAAUUUAUUUAUACCCUGCCCAUCUGGCUAGGUUUUCCCAGCCACUCUGGGUAGCACCCAAUCAAAUAUUAAAAACACAAUACGGAAUUAAACAUUAAAAACUUCCCUAAACAGGGCUGCUUUCAGAUGUAUUUUAAAAGUAGGAUACAGUGUUACCUCGGGUUACAUACGCUUCAGGUUACAGACGCUUCAGGCUACAGACUCCGUUAACCCAGAAAUAGUGCCUUGGGUUAAGAACUUUGCUUCAGGAUAAGAACAGAAAUCAUGCUCCGGCGGCGCGGCAGCAGCGGGAGGCCCCAUUAGCUAAAGUGGUACCUCAGGUUAAGAACAGUUUCCGGUUAAGAACAGACCUCCGGAACGAAUUAAGUACUUAACCCAAGGUACUACUGUAGUUGCUUAUUUCCUUGACAUCUGACAGGGCGUUCCACAGGGCGGGCACCACUACCGAGAAGGCCCUCUGCCUGGUUCCCUGUAGUUCCAAAUGCAGAGCAGAAUCUGGCUAAAGCUAGACAUUUUUUUAAAAAAACAGGCUUGCAAUUUGGGAGCCUUCCCUCUGCCCCCACCCCAAAAGACCUCCUUGUUUCUCUUUUUGUUUUUAGGCCAGUCCGAGAUUGAGAAAACCUGCGAGUUGCUUUUCCAAAAGGCAGAGUCUAUCGAUUACCAGUUCGAUGUAAGGGAUCGCUCUGUUGAAGGCUUGCUCAUAUUGCCAUUAUAUGGCUCCAUGCCAACAGGUGAGUCUGAGUUCUGCUUUGUGAGAACCUCAACUUUCAUUACAAACCAGCCAGCCAACCAACCAAGUUGCUAGUCCUUAGGACUCGGAGCUGUCCAGGCAGUGCCUUUCUGAAACUCAGGUGACUGGGCAAAAAGGUACAGCCUCAUUUCUCCUCCCCAUGACCCCAUUUGAAGAACCAAUGACAGACAUCUGUUUCAAGGUCUCUCCAACUCUUUUUUAACCCCCCAGAUCAACAAAGGAGAAUAUUCCUCCCUCCUCCUCCAGGAAUCCGAAAGUGUGUGGUGGCCACAAAUAUUGCCGCAACUUCUCUGACAAUUGAUGGAAUCAGGUUAGCUGUUCGGGGUAUUUUUUGACCAGGAGAAUGAGGCAGAGGCCUGAAAACAGAGGGAUGGGUAACUUGGAUAUGUAUGGCAGGCCAAAAUUAAUACCGCCCCCUUACGAGCUCACAUGAUUCUUCCUUCACCAUUUUAUUCGCGUAACAACCCUGUGAGGUAGAUUAUGUUGAGAGACCAUGACUGGCCCAAGUUCUCUCAGUGAACUUCAUGGCUAAGUGGGGAUUCAGACCCCUAGCCCAGUACUCUUAACAACUGUACCACACUGGCUGUCGCAUUUUACGAAAGCAUGGGUUGUAAAUUUAAAGGUAAAGGUAAAGGAACCCCUGACCAUUAGGUCCAGUUGUGACCGACUCUGGGGUUGCAGUGCUCAUCUCGCUUUACUGGCCAAGGGAGCUGGCGUACAGCUUCCGGGUCAUGUGGCCAGCAUGACUAAGCUGCUUCUGGCGAACCAGAGCAUCGCACGGAAACGCCGUUUACCUUCCCACCGGAGCGAUAUCUAUUUAUCUACUUGCACUUUGACAUGCUUUCGAACUGCUAGGUUGGCAGGAGCAGGGACCGAGCAACGGGAGCUCACCCCGUUGUGGGGUUUCGAACCGCCGACCUUCUGGUAUGCAAGUCCUAGGCUCUGUGGUUUAACCCACAGCGCCACCCAUGUCCCUGGUUAUAAAUUUGCAAGUAAAUAAAUAAAGAGUUCCCAGGGAAGAGGGAUUGAUUGUUAAACCACCCUGGGAUGGGGUCUCCUAACAACUCUUGGCACCCUCAAGAAACUACAGCUCCCAGGAUUCUUUGGGGGAAGAAGCCAUGGCAGUUUAAAGUGGCAGGAUACCGCUUUAGAUGUAUAUGGUAUAGAUAGGUCCCUGCCGCACAGAAUUAAGAGUCGCUUCUGUUUCUCCGCUCACCUCUGACUCCACCCACUAGUGACAUGUGGCUCCACCCCCAAAAGCAGGCCCACGAGGGAAUUCGGGCUUUAGGCAGCAAAAGGUGCCCCACUGCUGGUUUAAGGGGCCGAUGUGAAAUUAGGCCUGCUGUGAUGGUUGAAUGCAUGGAUCACAUUUGAGCUUCUCUUUAAGGUACGUGGUGGACAGCGGGUUUGUGAAGCAGUUAAACCACAACCCGAGAGUGGGCUUAGACACACUGGAAGUUGUCCCCAUUUCCAAGUAAGUUUGAGGUACUGUGGGGUUUGUUUCUCACCAUUUUAGAGGAAACAGCCUUUCUUAUGGAACCUGUAAUUUCUCCACAGGCUGCUGCAGCUAAUUUAUUUGUUAUAAUUCUGCUCUUCAGCCAAAAGGAAGGCUCCCAGAGCCAUCUUUUUUAAGAUCGCCCCUGCCAGCAGGCUUACAAUCUAAAAUGGCACGACACAAAAGGAAAAUGGGCUGGGAGGGCGGAGGAAAUAAGCAAAUUCAGGUUCAGGUUUUUGGUUGGUAGUAACUAUUAUUAUUAUUACAAAUAUUAUUAUACAUUUGUGUCUGUUAUAUAUUUUGGAAAGUUGUGGGUCUGCUAAAUAUGCAUUUAGAUACACCUCUUAAGGUACCACGAUCAAAAUUUUCAUGCAGCGUUAAAACUGCACAUUUGCAAAGCUAAGCAGGGUGCGCGGUGGUUUCAGAUUGGAUGGGGAAUCACAUGUUGAAAUUCCUGCAUUGCAGCAGGUUGGACCAGAUGAACCUCAGGGCUCCUUCCAACUCUGCAAUUCUGUGAUGCUUCCUGAAAUCAUGCCGUUGGCUUUUGUCUUAGUUCGGGUACCAUUUUGAAUCACGAUGGCAGGCUGAACCUUUCGAAACAAUGCUGAUCUUAACCACUGAUUUUACAACUGCCUUGAUUGUUUAAAAUGAGUUUUUUAGACUUAUCGAGCGAUGCUGGAUACGUUGCUGCUAGUUACUAAUAUAACAUCACACAUAUAACUCUGUUCAUUUGAUCUGCAUUCCAUUUUAUCCUGGCUUUGUAGAAUUUUGGAAGGGAUCUCAGAGGUCAUGCAAUCCAACCCUCUGGUCAGUGGCAGGAAUAUUGCAACUGCUGAGCCCCUCUCAGACACCCACCCACCCUUUGCUUAAAACCCUCGGCCAAGGAGGGGACCCUUUUGUUUUACACCAGGGGUCAGCAAACUUUUUCAGCAGGGGGCCGGUCCACUGUCCCUCAGACCUUGUGGGAGGCCGGACUAUAUUUUGCAAAAAAUAAUAAUGUAUGAAUUCCUAUGCCCCACAAAUAACCCAAAGAUGCAUUUUAAAUAAAAGCACACAUUCUACUCAUGUAAAAACAUGCUAAUUCCUGGACCGUCCGCAGGCUAGAUUUAGAAGGCGAUUGGGCAGGAUCUGGCCCCUGGGCCUUUGUUUGCCUACCCAUGUUUUACACGGAAAGGGAACCCUGUUGUUUUCUCUUUCAAAAUUCUGUUCUUUGAAGUACCGUAUUUUUUGCUCUAUAAGACACACUUUCCCCCUCCUAAAAAGUAAGGGGAAAUGUGUGUACGUCUUAUGGAGCGAAUGCAGGCUGUGCAGCUAUCCCAGAAGCCAGAAUAGCGAGACAGAUUGCUGUGCAGCUAUCCCUCUUGCUGUUCUGGCUUCUGGGAUUCAGAAUAUUUUUUUCCUUGUUUUCCUCCUCCAAAAACUAGGUGCGUCUUGUGGUCUGGUGCGUCUUAUAGAGCGAAAAAUACGGUAGCGUGGGGCUGUGCAUUGCCUGCAGUCAAAACAAUAAUUUUCUGUUGCUGCCAAGAGGGCCCCUCUGCUGAGCUUAACACUUGAGAGGGCCUGUGGGGAAGGAGGCGGUCUUUCACAUAUUUGAAGCCUAAGUUAUUUAGUUAGCCGCCAAUAUAUUGAUAAUCGUUAGUUAAUGAUCCUCUUUUCAGGAGCGAAGCAUUGCAGCGAGCUGGCCGAGCCGGACGGACAUCUUCUGGGAAGUGCUACCGGGUGUACAGCAAGGAAUUCUGGGAGCAGUGUAUGCCCGACCACAUGGUUCCGGAGAUCAGGCGAACCAGCUUGACGUCUGUCAUCCUGACCUUGAAGUGCCUUGCUGUCCACGAUGUCAUCAGGUGCCCAUCCUGCCCAACAAGCUGAACGGGGAGUCGCGGGGGUGGGGAAGGGAAGAGGAUUGGCGAUCUUGUUGCUUCACUUCUUUUUAAGGAAUCCCGCAACCUUUGGUGACUUGAUUCCCCCCAUUUUCUGUUUAGAUUUCCUUAUUUGGAUCGCCCGGAAGAGAGACGUAUUCUGGAAGCUCUCAAGGAGCUUUAUCAAUGCAGCGCUAUUGACCGGUAAGUUUAAGCACCUGUGUACACACUGUACAUUUAUUUUCCCUGUAAUUUUCUUAAAUUAUGUUUCCCUCCCAUGCACCUUACAAAUCAGUAAAAACAAGAGAUUGCUGGUUUUCACUCUCCAUUGACACAUAGAACUAUUUACUGGAACAUCUCAUAUUACAGCCAUCAGCUGAUAUUUUCUUCUUCUUUUUGAAAAAACUACUAAGCUCUUAUUCCCUGUGUGGCUUGAAAUUAAAAAUCAAUAAAAAUAUUUAUCUGUUGGGAGCCGCCCAGAAUGGCUGGGGAAACCCAGCCAGAUGGGCGGGGUAUAAAUAAUAAAUUAUUAUUAUUAUUAUUAUUAUAGAAACAACAACAGUAGAUUAAAACAGAGCAUAUUUUGUACAGGGGCCACCUGGAUGGUGCAAUAGCACCCGUGAAGUCUUCCUCUGCCACCCAGGAAGCCUUUGGGCACCCCCACCCUGCUCAAGUGUCCCUUUAGUUGUGGGGUGGUGAGUGUGGUUAUUUUUUCCCCUCUUUUGAAUAGUUCAUAGAGCUGAAGGAGGAAGUUGGAAGAGUGACUCUCUUUCCCACUUCCUCUUUCAGCUCCAAUGCACUUUUCACAGCUCCAAUGCACUUUUCACAGAUCUCUUGGUGAAGCGAAUUGUGUGUGUGUUGGGAUGCGGGUAGGUUGUGUGUGGAUUGGGAUUGGGAUCUGGAGAAGUGGGGGGCGGGUGAGAAAUGACCAGAGGGAGUGGUGCACUUGCUCAAAAAUGUUGGGAAUCAUUCUGCAUAGAAACAGUAAAUAUGUUUGUACCUUUAAGAACUGUUUAUGGGAGCUUUGGGCAGAUUGGUUGCAGCUGGUCAUGACUACAGAAGGAGAAAAGCUGCAGUUUGAACUCUGCCUGCAGAAAAAAACACCCACAAGCUUUGCUGUUUGUUGUUUUGUAAUCAACCUUUAUUUAAUUUGGUUUUACACCAGUCUCAUGGUGUCACAGUCUCUGUCAUCUGCCACCAGUGGAAAAUCCCCCUCUAACAAAAAAUACAAAUGUGCUCUCAGGUGUAAAAAGAUAGGAGGCCCUGAUAUACAGUAUAUACAGACUUAAAAGUUCUUUCUGCUACUAAUUUCUUCUGCUCCCAAGAAUAUGGUGGGAGGGGGUUGCAACUCAGUAGUAGAGUAAAUAAAUAAAAUUAUGAUUGGGGCAGAAGUGGGCGGAGCUUUGACUUCUCUGAUGUCAUUUUGCUACUUUAUGCAGUGGGUCACGUGACGGCUCUGAUGUCACUUUGUGAAAUGGGAUCACACGCCUAGGGCUUAAUGUUUGGCUAACGGAAGGAUAACCAGAUUUGCAGAUUAACCCUCAUUCCUUUUCCCCCGCCACCCGUCUUCUCUCUCUUCCCAAAAUUUAGGAGAGGCUACGUGACCAAACUGGGGGAGUUCAUGGUGCGGUUCCCCCUGCCUCCGAACCUGACUUGUGCUGUCAUAAAGGCUGCCUCUCUAGGCUGCGAAGACUUGAUGCUUCCAAUCGCAGCCAUGCUGUCAGUGGAAAAAGUGUUCAUUCGACCAGGUAGGACGGGAGAAAGGGUGGCCGCUGUUGGCCGCUGUGGAGCCAGAGAACACACAUUUCCUCCCCUGAAGACUGUCCUUUUAGGGUAGGAUCAUUCCUUGCAGAGGCCUUAGCCGAGGUUGUUAUACUUUGGAUCGUGAUGAUGAUGAUAAGUUUGUGCAUCUAGGUAACCCACAUUAUUUUACAUCAAGAAAAUGUGACUUCUAUCUAGCCUUGGAAAUUAAAAAAAUUAAAAAGGCACCCUCCUAAUAGCGAACUUGUCUCUUGGGUGCCAACAGCAGUUGAGAACAAGAGGGUUUCUCAAGAGAACAUAUAGCACCGGUCCUGAAAGACCUACAUUGGCUGCCAGUAUGUUUCCGAACACAAUUCAAAGUGUUGGUGCUAAGCUCUGAAGCCCUAAACGACCUCGGCUCAGUAUACCUGAAGGAGCAUCUCCACCCUGUCACUCAGCCCGGACACUGAGGUCCAGCUCCAAGGGCCUUCUGGCAGUUCCCUCACUGCGAGAAGUGAAACUACAGGGAACGAAGCAGAGGGCCUUCUCGGUGGUGGCGCCUGCCCUGUGGAAUGCCCUCCCAUCAGAUAUCAAGGAAAUAAACAACUAUCUGACUUUUAGAAGACACCUGAAGGCAGCCCUGUUUAGGGAAGUUUUUAAUGUUUGAUUGCUUUAUUAUUAUUAUGAUUAUUAUUAAUUAUCAUCAUCAUUAAUAUUCUGUUGGGAGCUGCCCAGAGUGGCUGGAGAAACCCAGCCAGAUGGCUGGGGUAUAAAGAAAUUAUUAUUAUUAUUGUUAUUAUUAUUAAUUAAUUAACUAAUAAUAGUGUGCUCAGGGAAAUUCUUGGGAUUAUGGAAGUGCAAAAGGGUUUUAUUAAAUAAAACAAAAGACAAGGAGCCCCCACCCCAAAAUCCUAGCCCAAUCUGAGCAUGUUUAGCAGGCAUGGAAUGUUAAGUAUCAGAUGGAGAAAGAAAACAGAAAAGGGCUGUGUCUGUGAGAGUGGAAGGUCCUGCUUGAGUCAACAACACCUAAUAGCUCAAGGUGACAUCCGUGUUUCCCUCCUUAUUUAGUCCCCACAACAACCCUGUGAGGUAGGUUAGACUGAGAAGCCCUGAGGGAAAUAGCUGUUUUCUGUGCUAUGGCAGAGGCCUGUAAGGGCUGUGGAAACGAAAAAAAUAGGCAAAGGGCUGGGCUGGGGAGUGAUGCUUGAAUAGGAAUGAUUGUUGCCAGAGGACAAAAGUCCUUUGAUGGUGCAUCCUACAUUCGCUGGUGGUGCCGGGUAAUCUCUGUAACACAUUAACUUUGGGUUUCUUUGGCUCAGCAGUCAAAAGCAGUGCAUGCUAGCGGUGCCUUUGAAAAGGAUCUGCUGCGGAUGGGGGGCUACUUAAUCAUUUAUCUGUGCCCACUUUAAAAACCAAACUUGAAAACCUGCCCUGUGCCUCCACAGCUAGCCCCUUUCCCUAGCCACAAGCUGGGCUGUAGCAACUGAACAGUGACUGGGAAAUCACUCUGCCUAUGCCCAGAGGCACAGUUUUCCCCACUGCUAAUUCUCGUGACAGGUUCUGCUAAGCUUUUGUCUCGGACUUUUUUCGGAUAAUAAUAAUAAUAAUAAUAAUAAUAAUAAUAAUACAGUGGUACCUCAGGUUACAUACGCUUCAGGUUACAGACUUUGCUAACCCAGAAAUAUUACCUCGGGUUAAGAACUUUGCUUCAGGAUGAGAACAGAAAUCGUGCUCCGGCGGAGCACGGAGGAGGCCCCAUUAGCUAAAGUGGUGCUUCAGGUUAAGAACAGUUUCAGGUUAAGUACGGACCUCCAGAACGAAUUAAGUACUUAACCUGAAAAUUUGGAAUAAAAGGAAUUGAUGCCCAACUUCAUCCAACUUCUCAAAUUCCCAAAGCUUUAUUGGCAUAUAAACAAGAUUACAAUAAGGUUCUGCGUGAAAUCACUCAGCAAAAUCUGCAUCUAACACUCGUGUAACACUCAGGAAUCCUCACUGCGUGUUGCAGAAACCUGGCUACUAUCUCCAUCUUAUUCCCAUCCUGGAUAAACAUAAGAAAGACUACCUUACAUUCGUCACCGUAUUUCCUUAGGUGAUCCUGAGGCUCAGAAAGAAGCUGAGCUCCGACACCAGGGGCUGUCUUUGCAAGCAGGAGGAAGCAACGACUUUGCGACUCUCCUGAAUGUCUUCGAACAGUGCAAAGCAAGGUACCCAGUGCUGUAAACAAAAAAUUGCCCUUUCCCCUUAUGGGGUAUCCAAAAGCCCAUAUAGAGUCCUUACAUAGGUUCCCUAUUGGUAAGAGAAAAUAACAGAGGCCAACCAGAAAAUAUUGAGAAGCAAAGCAGCUAGUAAGCCUGAUCUUUAUUGAUCUGUUGCAACAGGGUGGUUCCCUCACCCGCAGGAGAGGAGGAGGAACCCAGAACAAUGGCGCGCAAGGCCUUAUACAGACUUUUGAAAUUGCCACCCUGUAGAUCAAGGCCACCCCAAGAAACAUCAUACAUACAUCACAGAGGGGUGUAACCUAAGACCACCCCUCAGAUACAUCACACCUACAUCACAGAAAAGGCGGUCUAAAACAGAAAUUUGAAUAUUGUUUUUCUCCUGUUGUUCUUUAUCUCCUGUCUGGCAGGUUGCUUGAUUGGAUUGCCUGGGGAGCCCGGCCAGUCUUUUGUAGUGAUAAAUACUUAGUUCCUGGGCCAGGUCACAGGCUCACACCCUAUUCAAACACAGACAUACCCGUAAGACAGGAUUUGUGAGGAAAGAGACAAUGGGAGAUUUCCCACUUUGACCUUGCAGAGAAAACAUUGGCUCAGUUUAGGAAUCAAAAUGGUUCAAGGUUGGUCUUCCUGUGCUGAUCUAUGUACGUGCUUGGUUGGUACAUUUAUGAACAUUACCAUAUAUCUAAGACCUCAAAAUUCCUAUCACACCUUCCAGGUGUUGUCAGACUACAACUCCCAUCAGCCCCUGUCGGUGCAACUAUUGGGUCCAGGAUGAUGGGUGUUGUAGUCCAGCAAUAUCCGGAAGAAUUGUCCUCUUGUGCUUCAGUGCCAGAAUAGCAGAUGGACAGAGGGUUGUAAGUAGGGUUGAGUUCAAGGUUUCGGGGGGUAGAUAUUAGGGGUGUGGGGCCUUUGCCCAACCUGGGGGCCACAUUCCCUUCUGGGCAACAUUGCAGGGGCCAGAUGUCAGCAGUGGGCAGGGCCAGAAGGAAAAGAGGGUGAAGGAACACAUGUCAAUUUCCUCGCACUUGUUACUACAUCUUCUGUCCAGGAAAACAUCCUGGCACCUGGUAGGGAAGAGGCUGCCAGUCAGUGUAGACAGUACUGAGCUAGAUAAACUUUGUGUAAGGCGGCUUCCUUUCUUAUUAAACCAGCCUUUAAAUCAGAACCUUGAGGACUAGAAUCUUGCUUCGCAUGUUCCAUUUAAAACAGCAGCUUUUGUUGAUCUCGCUUAUUUCCCUCUGGCUUAGCAAGUCCCCAUCUGCUUGGUGCCGGGAUAACUGGGUCCACUGGAGAGCACUGAAGCUGGCGUUCAGUGUGGAAGGGCAGCUCUGGGAGAUCACCAGCAAGUUGAAGCAGGUGGGUCUACCUUGGGCGGUGGGGGUCUUGGGAUGGGUGGGGCAGUGUCAUGCAGGGGUCCUUGGGAGGUUUCCCCAAGGAGCUGUGCACAGUUAGCCCUGUGGAAGUCGCUCCCACAAUAGGCAGCGAUGGCCCCCAACUUGGAUGGCUUUAAGAGGGUUAGACGAAUUCAUGGAGGCUCUCAGCGGCCGCUGUCAGGAUUCCUGCUUGCAGAUUUCCCCUUGGCACAGUGAGAAGAGUGCGUUGGACCAGAUGGGCAUUUGGCCUGAUCCUGCACGACUCUUACGCUUCUUAAAGCUGUAAUAAACGAAAAUCUGUCCUUAUUCCCUUGUGGGGGACACAAGAGUCCUUAUGGGGGACACAAGGUUCUCCAUCGGUCGGAGAAAAGAACAGAGGCCAACCAGAGAAUAUUGAGAAGCAAAGCAGCUAGUAAGCCUGAUCUUUAUUGAACUGUUGCAACAGGGUGCCCCCUUCACACGCAGGAGAAGGAGGAGGACCCCGAACCAAGGUGUGCCCGCCCUUAUAUAGACAUUUUAAAUUGCCCACCCUGGAGUCCAAGAUCACCCCCAGAAACAUCAUACAUACAUCACAGAAAGGGCAGUCUACAGCAGAAAUCUGAGUGUGUUGUUUACCUCCUGUCUGGCAGGGUAUCUGUUAAUGCUUACUUGAUUGGAUACCCUGGGGAGCCAGGCCAGUCUUUUGUAAUGAUAAAUACUUAGUUCCUGAGCCAGGUCACAGGCUCACCCUAUUCAUACACAGACAUACCCUUAAGACAGGAUUUGUGAAGGAAAAGACAAUGGGGAGGCUUUUCCAUUUUCCUUGACCUUGCAGAGAAAUCAUUUGGUCAGUUUGGGAGUCAAAAUGGUUUCAGGGCUGUUUUCCUGUGCUGCUUCAGACAUGUGGUAUAUAUAUUUAUGUACAUGUUUGCUUGAACGUUUUUUUAUAUAUAUAUGACCUUAAAUUUUUUAUUUCAAAGCUCAUGCCUGGCACCCUUCCCUGACAUAAUAAACUCCUGAUUGCCUUUGGUUUUGCCUGCUAAAACAGUCAUUCCAAAACACAAAUUUAGUGUUUCACACACCAGAGAUUUCACAGCUGUCGUUUAGGUUCCCCGCUCCUUACUUUCAAGAGCUGCUAAUGCAAGCCUCAUUGAACUUAGACCUUUUUAUUUUAUUUUACUAUCUCUUGCACUCUUUACUUACUGUCAAAAUUGGCCCGUGGAGAGCAGACUGAGGAAUCUGGCUGGCACUAGCUUGCAGUUACCUGGUUUGGGUAUACUAAGCCCUGCACAGCUUGAGGUCAGGGUACCUGCAAGAUUGUCUCGUCCCCUUAUAUGCCCAGUCGAUGACUGCGCUCCGCAGGUGAGGGCCUCCUGAAAAUACCAUCCCAUCAGGAGGUUCACUCUGCACAAAAUAUGAAGCAGGCCUUUGGUGUUCUUUUAGAGUUUCCUCCCCUUUAAAUAUUAGACAGACGCCAUCUCUGUUGUCUUUUUGGUGCCAGCUGAAGACUUUCCUCUUCCAACACGGCUUUUAAGCAGAGAUCUUUCCCAGUCUGCAUGUGCCUAGGAAUUGUUUGGGGGAUGUUUUAAAGAUGGCUUAGCUUGUGGGUUUGCCGCCUGGGAUGCCUUUGGGUGGAAGGGGGGAGGAUAUAAACUUCUUAAAUAAAUAAAUAAAAAUAAAUAAUAGAGGAUUGACCUGGAACAAGCGUAGCAAACAUGGCACCCUCCAGCUGCUGAUGGACUACAGCUCCCAUGAUCCCUGGUGGUUGACCAGGCUGGCUGGGGCUGAUGGGAGUUGGAGGACUCAUGUUGACUCACCAUGGAGUAGAAAGACCUUCCAUCAGAUUGAGUAAGGCAGUUUUUGGUUCUCUCUCUCUCUUUAGCUGCCAGACUUUCCAAGAGAGCAUUUUGACGGCUCCAGGAAUGAGAUCCUGAGAAGAUGUCUCUGUGCAGGUUAUUUUGCCAAUAUCGCCAGGAGGUAAGGAGUUCAACAAUCAAUCUCCUUAUUACGGUCAAUUACCAAUAUCCAGAAAUAAAUUAUGUACAAUUGCAGAAAAUAAUGGCAAGCAGAACUAUAGCCAUAAAAUUACUAAUAACUGUAUAGUACUAUAGGAUGCCAGGCAUGAAAAAUGAGAUUUUAAGUUUGCUGAAAUUAGUCCCUGUUGAAUUUUGCAUGCAGCUGCGCAAUGUUUCACUCCCCCUGGGUAUGUUCUUAUCCGAAAGGAGCAAAAAAGUAGAAAAUGCUCAUGAUGAUCCUGGGAAUUUCCGUAAAAGGAUUUUCAGUAAAAAUCUUACCUGUGUCAUGACAAAAAGAACGACACACAAGGACAUGAGUUACCAUUUCUACUUCUCUAGAUUCACAAGGACAUUUACAUUAAUGGGGAAAAGGAGUGGUGCUGUGGUCUAAACCACUGAGCCUCUUGGGCUUGCCGAUCAGAGGGUCGGCAUUUUGAAUCCGUGCGAUGGGGUGAGCUCCCAUUGCUUUGUCCCAGCUCCUGAAGUUCAAAAGCAUACCAGCGUGAGUAGAUAAAUAGGUGUCACUGCGGCAGGAAGGUAAACGGCAUUUCUGUGUGCUCUGGCACUCCUCACGGUGUUCCGUGCGCCAGAAGCGGUUUUGUCAUGCUGGCCACACGACUCAGAAAAGCUGUCUGUCAGCGGAGAUGAGCGCUGCACCCCAUAGUCGAACUCGACUGGACUUUAACCGUCUAGGGGUCCUUUACUUUUACCUUUACCUUACGUUGACGAGAGGGAAGUUCUUGUGGAACCUCCCCUCCAGAACUGCUGAUGGAAGGACAUUUAAAAAUACCAGAGUAAAGGCUCUCUGAUGUUUUUGAGUGGAGACUGUGUAAAGGGAGUUCACUGGUUUAUAGGGCUGCAGUGCUCUGCCAAUAAGCAUGUUAUUGGAGGUUAAGACUAUAAGCUCAUAGAGUCGUAGAAUUGUAGAGUUGGAAGGGACGAUUCUAUGAGCUUAUAGAAUAUGCCGCUGUCCCAUACGGGGAUCAAACCGGCAACCUUGGCAUUAUCAGCACCACGCUCUAACCAGCUGAGCAUUGCAGGGGUUGGACUAGAUGAUCCUCAGGGUCCCUUCCAACUCUGUGAUUCAUUUUGUAGUGUAAAUAAAACAGAUAGAACAAUUAUAACAGCAGGUGGAAAAUUAAAAGAGGGGAAAACAAAGCUAUAUAAAAUUUGUAGAAUGAGUACAGUUGCGCAGGGGUUAAAAUGACAAAAGUCCCAAGUCAAAGACUAUCGGGCUGGUUUUUGGAAAGUCUGCGUCAACCUCUUCUUGCGUUUUUUGCCCUUAGAUCCAUAGGCAAGUCGUUCUGUACCAUGGACGGCCACGGAAGCACCGUCUACAUUCACCCUUCGUCCGCCGUAAGAUCCCCCCUUCUGUUAAUAAUUCCUGGGGAGUGGGGGGAUGGAAUGGUUGAACCUUUCUUUAGAUAAAGAGGAAAGCCCAGCCAAGCAGAUUCUCUGCAUUCCUGGCUUUUAUUUGAUGGUAUAGGUAAAUAGUCUUUUUAAGAAAAAGGUCCAGGUUCAGUCCCCAAUUGCAUCCCUGGGCAGGGCUGGGAAUGUUUUCCUGCCUGAAACCCCCGGAGAGCCAUUGCCAGUCAAGGUAGACAAUGCUGAGCCGGGUGGAACAGUGGUCUGAUGUGGCACGAGGCAACUUACACCUUAUAACCUGUAUUUUAAAUUGGGUUUUUUUCUUUUUUCUUUUCCCCUAUUAUGUUUUUACUGUAAUUUUACUGUUGUUAGCUGCCCUGAGCCUGGCUCUGGCCGGGGAGGGCGGGGUAUAAAUAAAAUUUAUUAUUAUUAUUAUUAUUAUUAUUAAGCUUUCCACUGAGUCAGACCUGACCGGCAGCAAACUCUCCAGGGUUUCAGACAGGGGGUCUCUUGCCCACCUAGCUUGGGGGCACCAGGGAUUGAACCUGGCACCUUCUGCAGGCAAAGCAGGUGUUCUUCCACUGAGCUAUGGCAGUGUCGUUCAUCAUGCAGGCAGGGGUCCUGUAGCCAGACACACAGGGGUUACUUGAUAGCUAGAUGGAUAUAACAAGGAUUCCCUUAAGACAGGAAGUCGGGAAGCUGCCAGUGUGGUACAUGCUUAACUCUGCAGUUUUUACCGGGGUGUACCUUUCUUUAAAGAGGGACGUGGGUGGCGCUGUGGGUUAAACCACGGAGCCUAGGACUUGCCGAUCAGAAGGUUGGCGGUUUCAAUCCCCGCAACGGGGUGAACUCCCGUUGCUCGGUCCCUGCUCCUGCCAACCUAGCAGUUCGAAAGCACCAAGUGCAAGUAGAUAAAUAGGUACUGCUCCGGCGGGAAGGUAAACUGUGUUUCUGUGCACUGCUCUGGUUCGCCAGAAGUGGCUUAGUCAUGCUGGCCACAUGACCCGGAAGCUGUACGCCGGCUCCCUCGGUCUAUAGAGCGAGAUGAGCGCCGCAACCCCAGAGUCGGCCACGAUUGGACCUAACGGUCAGGGGUCCCUUUACCUUUACCUUUCUUUAAGAACAUGAGAUGAGCCUGCAGGAUCAGGCCAGUGGCCUAUCUGUGCCAGCAUCCUGUUCUCACAGCGGCCAACCAGAUGCCUUUGGGAAGGCCACAGGCAGGAUCUGAGCAAAAGAGCAACUCUAACCCUCCUGCUUUUUCCAUUGAUAGCCUUGUCCUCAAUGAAUUUGUACAAUCCUCUUCUAAAGCCAUCCAAAUCGGUGCCAUCCCUGCCCUCCUGCGGGAGCCAAUUCUACUGUUUUAGUUUAAUAAUAAUAAUAAUAAUAAUAAUAAUAAUAAUUUAUUAUUUAUAUCCUCCCCAUCUGGCUGGGUUUCCCCAGCCACUCUGGGUGGCUCUCAACAAAAUAUUAAAAUACAGUAGUCCAUCAACAUUAAAAGCUUCCCUAAACAGGGCCGCCUUCAGAUGUCUUCCAAAAGUCUGGUAGUAGUUGUUCUCUUUGACAUCUGACGGGAAGGCGUUCCACAGGGCGGGUGCCACUACCAAGAAGGCCCUCUGCCUGUUCCCUGUAACUUGGCUUCUCGCCAGAAGGCCCUCGGCGCUGGACCUCAGUGUCCAGGUAGAACGAUGGGGGUGGAGACGCUCCUUCAGGUAUGUGAAGAACUGCUUCCUUUUGCCUUCCUGAAACUUCAGGAAUUCAGAUGGCCCUGUUUGGGUUCUGUUAUUUUGAGAGGGGGAGAAAGGCUUCCCCCAGAACUUGCUGCAUUCCAGCUCCCAUCAGCCCCAGCCAGCUGCGUCAGGGAUCAGGAAUGAUGGACAAUGUAGCUCAGGAAUAACUGGAGGCAGAGCAUAGCCAUCAUAGCUAGUGGCCAUCGAUAGCCGUCUCCUUCCUGAAAGGAAGCUCCUCUUUUACGAAGCAUUUCUGAUAACUUGCAAAGCACACGUCUCCCACAGCUCCGUGAUCAGGAAGCCCAGCUGGAAUGGAUCCUCUUCCAUGAUGUCCUCGUGACCUCCAAGGUUUACGUCAGGAUGGUGUGUCCGGUCCGCUACGAGUGGGUUCAAGACCUGCUGCCCCGGCUGCACAAGAUCGACGCUUACGAGCUGAGCAGCAUGGCCCGGGAGGAGGUGACGGAGGAGGAGAUGGCCAAAUGGAGGAACAAGGAGGACCUCCAGAAGAGGAAGGGUGAGCUGAAACAAGGCCUCCUCUGUGGUGGCCCCAGCUGGUGGAGUGGAAUGGCAUCCUCUCCAAAGUUGCAUCUGGUGCAAUCGGUAUCAGAGUAUCUGGAUUGCAAGCAGAAGGCAUGAGGUGGGGCCAGGGAGAGGCCUCUGAUUGAAACUGCAGAGAGCAACUGCUAGUCAGUGUAGACAUUAAUGAGCUGGAUGGACCAGGGUCUGACUCGGUAUAAGUUCGCUUCUUGUUUUCCUGUGCCUUUCAGUGAUUGGUUAUCUCCUCCUUGGACUACUGCAAUAUGCUCUACGUGGGGCUACCUUUGAAGGUGACCCGGAAACUGCAAUUAAUCCAGAAUGCGGCAGCUAGACUGGUGACUGGGAGUGGCCGCCGGGACCACAUAACACCGGUCCUGAGAGAUCUGCAUUGGCUCCCAGUACGUUUCUGAGCACAAUUCAAAGUGUUGGUGCUGACCUUUAAAGCCCUAAACGGCCUCGGUCCUGUAUACCUGAAGGAGCGUCUCAAUCCCCAUCGUCCAGCCCCAGACACGGAGGUCCAGCACAGAGGGCCUUCUGGCAGUUCCCUCAUUGAGGUUAUUGGGAACCAGACAGAGGGCCUUCUCAGUAGUGGCGCCCACCCUUUGGAGCACCCUCCCUUCAGAUGUAAAGGAAAUAAGCAGCUAUCCUAUCUUUAAAAGACAUCUGAAGGCAGCCCUGUUUAGGGAAGUUUUUAAUAUUUAAUGCUGUAUUGUUUCUAACACUCAAUUGGGAGCCGCCCAGAGUGGCUGGGGAAACUCAGCCAGAUGGCAGGGGUAUAAAUAAAUAAAUUAUUAUUAUUAUUAUUAUUAUUAUUAUUAUUAUUAUUAUAUUGGUUACAAUGCACCCCUUUAGCCUGACGUUUGGCUGAGUGGCUAUUCUCCCUCCCGUUGCAAUGAUGUUCUGUGCUGAUGUUAAUCUUAUUGACUACUUCAUAUAUUUAUUAGAUAAAUACCCCUUCCUUCCAAAGGAGCCCAGGGCUGGCAUUUUGGAUUUUGAAACCGGACUGGAUAAACAAUCUUUCAUCUGUGCCUGUAGUUUGUUGCAUGGUUCAUGGUAACCAAAGCUGGAGAGAAAGUUGUCCCCAGGCAGAAAUAACCAAUCACCCCUUUGAGUUGGUAGUUUUAUUUUAUGAUUUUAAUUUGGGAAAGGCUGAAGUGCAUGGGCAGAGCAUCUCCCAAAAGGGAAUGUGCCUCUUGGGCUGAGAAAUGUUCUCUAUCCCUGUUAGUUUUGCCUUGGCCUUAUGAUUAUCAGCUUGUAGUAACAGAGAGGCGUUUCCCCCCCCACCAGUGUUGUGAAAUGCCCUCCCUGCUGGAAUAUGAGUGGCCCUAUCAUUAUUGGCAUUCCGCCGGAUCCUCAAAACACACCUGUUUAAGUGAGCUGGUGAUUUUGUUGAUUUAAUUUUUACUUUUUUUUAACAUAUACAGUGAAAAGAAUCGUUUUUUAAUUCAGGAUGUUUUAAUGUUAUUGUGCAGUUUAAUUAUGGAUUGAUUUUAUAGUGGUAAACAGCACAAAAGCCAUAUUGGCACAUGAUCAGUAUAUAAAUUUAUAAAUGAUAGUAGUAGUAGCAAUAAUAAUAAUAAUAAUAAUAACAAUAAAAACCCUGCAUUUUGCAAUAUUGAUUUCUAGUGUGUGGUUUCCCCCUUUCUCUUUUAGAAAAAGUGACAGACAAGUCUGCAAAGAACAUGGAGAAGAGGAAUGAUAACCAAUCCAUAAGUGAUGCUCGAGCACGGUUCUUAGAAAGGAAGCAGCAGAGAAUGCAGGAAUUAAAUACUUCUUCCAAGGAAACUUGAACCGGCAGCACUCCUCCAUCCCUGCCACCCACAAUGUGCACUUGUUUUACCUGAAUUUACACAGCUAGAGCUGGGGGAAUGGAGAUGGUGGGAAGGAAGGACCCAGGGGAGUCCAAGCUGUCACCUGAUACCUCGGGUGGGUGGAGCUACAUCACUGUGUAUAUAAGGACCAGCCGCAAAGGACAGCUCUAGUUAGAGAGUCCCAGUGGGUUUCCUUGGAGGCUGAGAGGAUGCCAUGUCUGCUCGUAGCUCAGAAAUACUUGCAAACGCCUGCAAGCGUGCUGUGGUGGUUGCCGUGUCAUGGGCAAGACCCCUCUGAAGGUGUUGAGGCCAAAUCAGUUAUCUUUUAAAGAGGCAACUACAUUACAAGCUACACUUCAAACAAGCCCCCGACUUCUCUUGUCUCUCCUACACCACACACAAACCUUCCUCUCUCAUACAGAGACUCUCACACUUCCCUCUCUCAUAUGCCCUCCUCCUCUUUGUCUCUUUUGCAAGGACUUUCCCCCUGCAAAAGCCGCUUUACAGUUUUCCAUGUCAAAAUUGAUCAAACUGUUGGCGUUGUUUUGCGAUCAGAAGAGAAAGCCACUUGACAAAACCCUGGCGGGGAGCCACCUUUUAAAAACGAGUGCAUUAAAAAUAUUUAUGGUUCUUACCUAUGCUGCUUCCAAGCAGUGUUCAUCUAUUGGUAUUUGGCUUGGAAAGUGGCCUAUGACAUUGCAACCUUUUCCUAAAAACGCACACUCACAUUGGGUGAACUGUUCAAGCAAGAAGUUAUAAAGCUUUUAUUAAGCCUUUUAAAGAAUAUAUUCAUUGCGAUAUUGUAUAUACUGGUGUAUGUGUGUAUUCUUGGUUGUAAAAUAUCCACCCCUUUUGUUGAGUAAGAAAUGUUUUUUGUACCUUUGUUAUAAAGCUCUGACAGCUUAAACUGAGCUUUUUGAGUGUAUGUGUGUAUGCAAUGAAUCUUCAGAGUGGAUAUCAAUCUUGGAUGGAUCUGCUAUUCCUCUUUUUGGAGAUGAGACCUUCAAUAUGAGUUAAAGAUACUGGUCUCCAUUGUCUUCAAUUUUUCUGCAGGAUUACCUAUAGCAAGGGUGUGUGUUUGUGCAACCCACCAUUGUGGUUAGUCUGUGCCAUUCCUUUGUGUGGCCUUUUUAGGAACAUAAGGAGAGGCUCUGCUGGAUGAGCCCAGCAUCCUUGGGGAAAUGACGGGCUGUAUUCCUUGCUGCACCAUCUUCCGAGGGCCAGAUGCCAUGGUUCUGCAGGGCCAGAAGCAAAAGUGGGUGGAGCAACAAAUGCAAACUUUUGUACAACAGCAGGCCAGUUUCUUCAAUCCUCCAGGCAAGGAAGAGCCAUUGUCACAGUUCUGAAACAUUCUAGCCAGGCAAGAACACUCAAGGAGGAUGAAAAGCAGGGACUGGCCAGGAAUGUGACUUGGGGAGUCUCCCAAGGGCCAGAAAGAGAGAUGUGGAGGACCACAUUUGGCCCCCAGGCCCAGGGUUCUUCAUCCCUGCUUCUCUAUACUACCGUAUAUACGAUGCACUAGGACACGGGUGGUGCUGUGGGUUAAACCACAGAGCCUAGGGCUUGCCGAUCAGAAGGUCGGCGGUUCGAAUCCCCGCAACGGGGUGAGCUCCCGUUGCUCGGUCCCUGCUCCUGCCCACCUAGCAGUUUGAAAGCACGUCAAAGUGCAAGUAGAUAAAUAGGUACCACUCCGGUGGGAAGGUAAACGGCGUUUCUGUGCGCUGCUCUGGUUCGCCAGAAGUGGCUUAGUCAUGCUGGCCACAUGACCUGGAAGCUGUACGCCGGCUCCCUCAGCCAAUAAAACGAGAUGAGCAUCGCAACCUCAGAGUUGGUUAUGACUGGACCUAAUGGUCAGGGGUCCCGUUACCUUUACCUUUAUGCACUAGGCUCCCGCAGGGGGCGGGGUGUGUGCGUGCUGCAUUGGAUAGGAGGGAUUUGCAGAAAUCAACACUGACCUCCUUUGCACCUGCAGAGCAGCUUCCAUUAGCCCAAAGCUACCAUUGGACAAACACACCUGGAGGAGACUGGUUCAUAAAGCUGCUGCCCAAAUAAAUUUAUUUU